CAGAAGCAACAGGAUUGUAUCCCCCAGCAGCUACAUGUGGCAAUAAACGCCAAGCUAAAAUGGGUGAAAGGGCCUUUGGGUGCCGUAUGAACUCUUGAAUGAAUGAAGUUCCUGGAAUUAAAAAAUCCGGCUCCUGUGGCUAACUAAAUGGGGAUUUUCUUUGCAUUUGCCCAAGAUACUCUGCAUGAUAACACCUUCUGCUGAGUUCCUUCAAAUCAAAGAACUAUAAACAUUUAUUUUGCUUGAUCUGGUGACAACUUCCUUGUAACUGCUUUAACUCUUGUAAAGCAAUGGAGGAUGCAAGGACAAGAAGCUUAAAGGAUGCAUACGGCGAGUGAGAAAUAACAGAAAUAAUCCUUAACACUUUUCUUCAUCUAAAAUAGUGAUGUUUCAAUUCUCCUGACAUUGAACACAUUCCUGAAAAUGAGAUUGGAUAAGAUUGGUCUUCUAAGCUUCUUCUUGCACCUGGCAGGAGCAAUUCUGGAUAUCACUCUGGUGGCCAAUGUUCUGAGUCCCUCACACAACAACUUCUACCUGUCCUGUGUGACAGGUGAGCGGAAUGCCAGCCUCCAAAUUGACAGAGACAAUGCCAUGAUCAAGACCACAUCCAAGUUCCAGAUAUACAGGAACAGCAGCAAGGAGGUGCAUAUGAGAGGGUUUUCCCGAGCAGGCCUGGUAGGCAUCACAUACUGCCUGGGGAAGACACAGUCAGAGCAAACCAGAGUUGUUUAUGUGCACAAUGACAUUAACGCCAACCUGAUUCCAGAGAAAGUGACACACACAAUCAGCCUCUUCCAGUCUGCCAUACUUGUUGCCAGGAUAAAGAAUGGGAAGAAAACAGAUAUCUGGUGGAAAAGGAAUGGGACUUAUUAUGACACCAUGCACCAGGGUGAGUUAAAGAAGAAUCAGUCCAUUCUGAUCCUGUCCUCUGUUACCAUGGCUGAUGGUGGGAUUUACAGUGCCACAUUUAUAGAGGACAGCCCUUUGUCAAGUGCCUUCUUCAGACUGAUUGUGCGAGGUUGUGCAGCCAAGAAAUGGGGCUCGUUCUGUGACAAAGACUGUCCCGAUUGCCUGAAUGGAGGCAUCUGCCAUCACAUUGUGGGAGAAUGUAUCUGUCCACCAGGCUUCAUGGGCACCCGCUGUGAAAAAGCAUGUAGGGAAGGUUGGUUUGGGCGAAACUGCCAAGAGAGGUGUCCUAGUGAGCAGGGCUGCAGAGGGUUAUCCUUCUGUCUGCCUGACCCAUACGGCUGUUCCUGUGCUGCUGGGUGGAGUGGCCUACAAUGCAAUUCAGCUUGUUCUCCUGGCAAAUAUGGUCCUGACUGUACCCUGGAGUGUAACUGCCAGAACGGAGGCACCUGCAAUCGAUUCAGUGGCUGUAUCUGUUCUUCUGGUUGGCAUGGACAGCAUUGUGAAAAGUCAGACCGUAUACCCCAGAUCAUCAACUUGGUGUCUCACUUGGAGUUUAACCUAGGCUCCCAGACUGUAGUUACCUGCAUAGCAACAGGCAACCCACCUCCUGUGCGUGAUAACAUUGAACUACGCAAGCCUGAUGGAACAGUGAUAAUACCCACAAAAGCCAUCAUGGAAAAGGACAUGACAACCUGUGAAUUUCAAGUGUCACAAGUGGUCUCUUCUGACUCUGGCCUCUGGGAAUGCCGUGUCUCUACUACUGGGGGACAGGAUAGUGGCAAGUUCAAAGUUACUAUAAAAGUGCCUCCAAUGCCAUUAAGUCCUCCUAGACUUCUGGCCAAGAAGAGUCAGCAGCUGGUGAUAUCCCCUGUGGGGCCUGUGGCAGGUGAUGGGCCCCUCAUCUCCAUCAAAGUUCUGUAUAAGCCCCAAAUGGGCAGUAGCUGGUCAUCUAUUGAAGCAGUUGAUAACACCCAGAACAUCACUCUCAUGAACCUGCGACCUGUCACAGCCUACAUUGUUAAGGUGCAGCUAACACGCCCUGGAAAGGGAGGAGAAGGUGCCGCUGGCCCCAGUGCUAUCAUGGUAACAGAGUGCAAAGAGCCAACAGUCAAACCUGUAAUUGAAGGUUCAUUUGUUGAAGGGAGCAACAAUCUACGUGUGAACUGGAAUUUGCCCAAUAGUGACAACGUGGGUUCUGGGUUCCUUGUCCGGCUCUAUGAUGCAGCUAAAAAGCUUGUUCAUCAGGAAAAUGUCACUUCCAUGAUUGUUCAGUCAGCCUAUAUUCCACAUCUCAAGUUCAAGAAGGACUAUAGCCUAGAAGUAAUGGUCUAUCACUGCACCAGCUUGGGACCACCAUCUGAUCUCUACAAAUUCAAGAUCAACAGUAAGGGACCCUCAUCACCACGCUCUCUCUCUGUGAACUCCCUUGCUGAUAACACCAUCAGGCUGUCCUGGCUAGCCCCUGAAUACUCUAAUGGGGGCAUCAACAAAUAUACUGUAGAGGUGCAGCAGCUGGGAGGCAGCAGUGAUCCACAAUGGAUGGACACAGAGAAUGGCAGGGAUACCACAAAGAUUAUCACAGGGCUUAAUGCCAGCACAAUCUACCAGUUUCGGGUGCGAGCCAUCUCUUACGUACCGGGCGAGUGGAGCCAGCCUGUGAGAGCUGAAAUCCUGGGUGAUGGAGCCCUGAGCCAAGUGCCUACCCUGGAAAGUAAAAACUUGCCUCCAUCUAUCACGGACCAGCAACUGGUAUUAGCCAUUGUGGGCUCUGUCUCUGUCACCUGCCUGACCAUAUUGUUUGCUCUCCUGGCUCUUUUCCUCAUCAAGAAGAAUUGUUUUCAUCGUCGCCGCACCUUUACCUACCAGUCUGGCUCAGGAGAAGAAACUAUUCUGCAAUUCAACUCAGGCACCCUGACACUGACACGCCGGCCCAAACCACAGCCUGAGCCACUCAGCUAUCCCAUCCUGGAGUGGGAAGACAUCAAGUUUGAGGACAUGAUAGGGGAAGGGAACUUUGGACAAGUCAUCCGAGCCAUGAUCAAGAAAGAUGGUCUGAGAAUGAAUGCCGCCAUCAAGAUGCUGAAAGAAUUUGCCUCUGAGAAUGACCACCGGGACUUUGCUGGAGAACUAGAAGUUCUCUGCAAGCUGGGUCAUCAUCCCAAUAUCAUCAACUUGCUGGGAGCCUGUGAGAACAAGGGUUACCUAUACAUCGCUAUUGAAUAUGCACCCUAUGGGAAUUUGCUAGACUUCCUACGCAAAAGCCGAGUGUUGGAGACAGAUCCUGCCUUUGCCAGAGAGCAUGGAACAGCCUCAACCCUCACAUCCCAGCAGCUCUUGCAGUUUGCAUCUGAUGUAGCCAAAGGCAUGCAGUAUCUGAGUGAAAAACAGUUUAUCCACCGAGACCUGGCUGCCAGGAACAUACUGGUGGGUGAAAACUUGACCUCCAAGAUUGCUGAUUUUGGUUUGUCCCGAGGAGAGGAAGUUUAUGUUAAGAAGACAAUGGGUCGUUUACCAGUUCGUUGGAUGGCCAUUGAAUCCUUGAAUUACAGCGUAUACACAACCAAAAGUGACGUGUGGUCUUUUGGGGUCCUUUUGUGGGAAAUUGUGAGCUUGGGAGGGACACCGUAUUGUGGCAUGACGUGUGCUGAGCUAUAUGAAAAGCUGCCACAAGGAUACCGCAUGGAGAAGCCUCUCAAUUGUGAUGAUGAAGUGUAUGAAUUAAUGCGUCAAUGCUGGCGGGACCGGCCAUAUGAACGUCCACCAUUUGCUCAGAUUUCAGUGCAGCUCAUUCGCAUGCUAGAAGCUAGGAAGGCAUAUGUGAACAUGGCAUUAUUUGAGAACUUCACUUAUGCAGGAAUUGAUGCAACAGCUGAGGAGGCAUGAGGGACCUGACUCCUCCCCCUCUGGCUACAAACAGAGCCCGGAUGAUUGGGACUUUCUUGUACAUUUGCCUCAUGGGGAUGUCAGCAGCUUAUCACACAGACUGUGCUGGGCACAGUGUACAGUUGGACGCUGUUAGUUUAGAAGAUUCUGCAGGAACCUAAUAUGUCAACUUUCCUUACAGUAGAGGAGACUACCCUUGAAUGGAUUGUUCCAAUAUGUGUGGCUUUUAAAAAUCAAACAUUAUAGGUAUUUUCUGUGUAAGAGAGAGGCCCAUCACUCCAAGGGAGAACAUGUCCAAAAUGUUCCACCAUACUGAAGAAAAAAAGUCUAAGAAGAUUGGGAACCAGUCAAGGACACUGUGGCUACAACGCACACCACACAAGAAAGGACAGCCCUACAUUACUGCCAAAUUCCUUGGACAGCAUUACAGAAAAGAUGGGGCAGUUGGCAAACAGGGCAAUUCUUUCCAGAAUCCAAUUCUCCAAGAAAUAACGUCUAUCUACAAUGAUCAACUUUGUCAGCCCCACUGGGUAGACCAGACCAGGAAAGCAACUCCACAGGAAGGCUAAAACGACUUUUAUUGAGACUGACUGUAAUAAUGGAAUCUUGCAAGUCUGAUUGUGCUAUACCUCUUCCUCCUUCUUAUGGUUCAAUGAAUUAGAGAGGCAUCUGCGUGAGGUGCUUCCGAAUGUUAUUGUUCUGGACUUUAAAAAAAUGCUUCAGCCUUUUUUGCCUAGGUAAUUUUUCCUACAUAUCUCCAUCAAGGUCAUCUUCCUUACUCUCUAUAUCUUUUUCCUCAUUUCAUGAUGACCUGGCCAUUUCCUGAAAUAAGACCAUAUGACACUGAGCCCAGCAUUUGAAAUUCUAGUUCUUAGAUAAGCCACUAGAUAUACUAAGUACCUAGUGAAGAAACUGGAACAAAGGCCUGGCACCCUUGAGGUGUGGACUAGAAAAAGGAGAGAAGUCCCAACCUCAUUUCCUUCUAUGAAAAAAAAAAUCUGUCCCUUCCUCUUCUCAGUCUAAGCCACUAACUCAUAAUGUUCCCAGAAAGUUAGGGAGUUACACAGGAAAUCUCCUUCAAACAUAUUAACCAGACCAAGAUACAUAAUGCAUCUAAGAACUGACCAUCAGUCCUCCCUCCUUCAAAAGGGACUGAUAGCUUUCUAGUGAGGAAAUCUAUGAGUUCCAGCAGGAUUUGGAGGAGGGGGUGGUUGGCGGAGAUUAUUAGAUCAGAUUAAGCUUUCAGUAAGGAAAGUACUGUAAAGAAUUUCAGAAACUUUUAUUUGUGAAAUUUAAUAUACCUACCUGCUUAGAAACAGGAUACUGAGCUGACUGUACAACACUUAGGAAAUUCCUUCCAUACUGAAGACUUCUGUGUCUCACCUCUGCUCCCCAGAAACAUUAGAACUUUGGAAAAUAGGUUUCCAGGAAAACACAGAGGCAUUUGUUAGCUUCUCUAGACAGCUACAAUUUAAACAAAACCAAAUACCAAAAAAAAACCCCAUGCCUUAUAACUCUAUGGAAAACUAAUUCAAACUUUGAGGGCAUAUUUCAUUAUUGAUUCUUUUCCAGCCUCCAUGAGCCACAGGGGUGAUGUCAUUAGAGUGGGAAGGAACAAUAUUUUCAGCUGUUUCUUCCAAAGUUGAAGGCCUGCAGAAGAUAGAUGGCUAUUAUAACUUAUAAUGCACCUUAACUCUUUUCCCUUACCAAAAGAAAAAAAAAUGUUCUACCUUAAAACAACUGUUUAUAUCACUGAAUUUUAAUGGCAGAAUCUUGAAGGCUCAAGGCAACUGGAAAAAUGGGUCUGGGUCAUAUCCAACUUAAGGACUGCAACUUACCCCUGCCCUCUAAGUUCCAGUGUUUCUUAUACUGCAAUUCCAGAAAAGGUCUUAGCUAUUAUGAAGUAAAUGAUUAGGGCUUGGCAAUGUUUCAGAUUCAGUCUUCAAAAAUUGCUUUGAAGAGUAUAGGAAUAAAAAGAUAGCAUCUGAAAAAGCAACUUUUUCUGGAUUGAAAAGAUGCAAGUUGUUCAAGGUGUGGCCAACAGGUGUUCAGUUUAUACUCUUGCGCAGCCCAAAGCAGGAGACUUUCAGGAGAUUGCAUCUAAAGUAUUGCAGAGUUUUCUGAAAAGGGUUACCCAAGUAAGCUAUGGUUUUUGUCUACGAUGGCAACUACAAGAAGAGUGUAUUCUCAUUUUAUCACUUGAAAGCAGAUAAGAUCUUUAAAAGAAUCAAGGUCAGCCUUCCCAAUUUGAUCUCUUCCAGAAAUGUUAGAAUCCAGUUCCCAGCAUUCCUCCGUAACCUAUGGUUAGCUUUUUUUUUUUUUUAAAGAUGUCAAGUCAGUUUUUGACUCUUGAUGACUGCCUGGACAAGUCCCUGCAAGAAAUGUUUCUUGGCAACAUUUUCAGAAGUGGUUUGCCAUUGCCUGCUUCCUAGGGCUGAGAGGGUGUGACUGGCCAAGAUCACCCAGCCAGCUUUCAUGCCUAAAGAGGCACUAGAACUCACAGUCUCCUAGUUUCUAGCCUGAUGCCUUAAUCGCUACACCAAACUUGCUCUAACAGUUAGCCUUAAUGCCUAGAAAUUAUGGGAAAUGAAGUGAAAUGCAUCAUUUUAGGGCACCAGGCUAGAUUUAGGGCUGAUUUGGAUUUGUGGAGGAAAAAGCUUCCAGUAUUUUAAGGGGGAUUAUCAUACUUUCAGAUUUUUAUUGGAGGAUAAGACUGUUUGUCAGCAGGGGUGACUUUAUAAUAAAGGCAGGAGGUAGUAGUGACAAUCCAGAAAUCUCCAGGUCCCUAUUUCAGUAAGUAGCCUGUUUAUUCAUUACUAUGGUAUGCAGGAAGCAUUGUUGCCACUGUGUAAUGUUUAUUGAAAGGUGCCCCAGUGUCUCUUUUUCCAUUACAUUUAUAAGGUGUAUAAGUGCUCAGAACAGCAGAUAGGGCAGGAAAGAGUAGAAUAUACAGAACAUUCUCUUUCACGCCAUUGUAGUUAUACCAAUUAGCUGUUAAAGCUGAUUAGGAACAGAACAGCUAUUUAGCAAAUGAAAUCGGUGUCCAUUUAGAUUACACAGAGCAGGUGGGGCAACUGUAUGGGUUAAACUCGGUCUUUAGCACUCCUCUUUAUUAUGGCAUGGCCUACUUUUGGCUUUCUUUGGCUUUAAAUAUUUUAAGAUGCAGAAUAGGAAAGAGACAGUAAAAGAAAAAAAGAAAAUCAAUGUAUACAUGUAAAUCAGUUUUUCUUCCCUGUUAAAUUUUUGCAGAAAUGUAGGCUCAUGUAUUUGCUGCUCCCCCUUCCCACUCUGCUUUCUGGAUCUUAUUGUUGCUUGCCCUAGAACAAGUAGCUGCUAUGGAUUCAAAAGUAUGCUUUGCAUAUUGUUGUAUGGAUCUCUUCUUCCUUACCAAACCUUUUGCUUUGUUCCAUACAUAAAUUGUUGCAAACGCAAUUUUUUCAUAAAUGAGUUUUUCCUAACAAA